AUGGCCGGUGGUAUAGGAGGUAAGUGGGAUAGUGAGAUCGAGAAGAGACCGCCAUAUGGAGCCCAUCCGUCCGGAGAACGUCUUAGCACGGCCAUAGACAGGCACGAGGUCAUAUUCGCGAGCAUACAGAGCACCAACAAAUGCUCCAAUAGAGGUACCUCCAACAAAGUCCACAGGGAUUCCUUUUUCUUCCAAAGCUGCAAUCACACCAAUGUGACUGAUGCCACGAGCACCCCCUCCGCCAAGAACCAGUCCAAUUGCCUGGCCCGUCAGAAUUCUGGCUAG